CCCCGCCCCGCCCCCCGCCCUCGGGGCCAGGAAGCGGGGAAGGAACCGCCGGGGCCAUGGACGGGGCUGUGAUGGAGGGUCCGCUCUUUCUCCAGAGUCAGCGCUUCGGGACCAAGAGGUGGAGGAAAACCUGGGCGGUGCUCUACCCAGCCAGUCCCCACGGCGUGGCGCGGCUCGAGUUCUUUGACCACAAGGGGUCGAGCUCUGGAGGGGGUCGAGGCGGCUCUCGCCGUCUGGACUGCAAGGUGAUCCGCCUGGCCGAGUGCGUGAGCGUGGCCCCUGUGCCCGUGGACAGCCCCCCCGAGCCCGGCGCCACCGCCUUCCGCCUGGACACCGCGCAGCGCUCACACCUGCUGGCGGCGGACGCCCCGUCCAGCGCCGCCUGGGUGCAGACUUUGUGCAGAAACGCUUUUCCGAAAGGCGGCUGGGCUUUGGCGCAGACGGAAAACCCGCCUAAGUUUUCUGCACUGGAGAUGCUGGAGAAUUCCCUGUACAGCCCUGCCUGGGAAGGCUCCCAGUUCUGGGUAACCACACAGAAGACCGAGGCUUCCGAACGCUGCGGCCUGCAGGGCUCCUACGUCCUGAGGGUGGAAGCUGAGAAGCUGGCCCUCCUGACUCUGGCGGCCCAGGGUCAGACCCUGGCGCCUGUCCUGUUCUGGCCCUACACCCUGUUGCGUCGCUAUGGCCGGGACAAGGUCAUGUUCUCUUUCGAAGCGGGCCGCCGCUGCCCCUCCGGCCCCGGAACUUUCACCUUCCAGACGGCACAGGGAAACGACAUCUUUCAGGCUGUUGAGGCUGCCAUCCAGAAGCAGAAAGCGCAAGGAAAGGUGGGACAGGGCCAAGACAUCCUCAGAACUGACUCCCAUGAAGGGGAGGCGGAGGGGAAGGUGGCUUCUCCUCCCGGUCCUCAGGAGCCUCGGGGCAGCCCCCCGGCCCUGUACGCCGAGCCGUUAGACUCCCUUCGGAUCCCCCCAGGCCCUUCUCAGGACUCUGUUUACUCAGACCCCGUGGGCAGCACCCCUGCUAGGGCCGGGGAGGGCGUGCACUCCAAGAAGCCUCUCUACUGGGACUUGUCCGGCCACGUGCAGCACCAAUUGCAGAGAGCCACGCUGACGGACAGCAAAGAGGACCCCAUCUAUGAUGAACCCGAGGGCCUGGCCCCAGCCCCUCUCCGGGGCCUUUAUGAUCUGCCCCAGGAGCCUAAGGAUGCAUGGUGGUGCCAGGCUCGGGCGAAGGAGGAGGGCUAUGAGCUCCCGUACAACCCUGCCACGGAUGACUAUGCUGUGCCCCGGCCGCGCACCUCGAAGCCUGUCCCUGCUCCCAAGCCACAGGGUUUGGCCCUCCCUGAGCCUGGUACCACAGGCAGCAGCGGCAGCAAAGGCCACAGCUCAGAUAGAGCUCUGUACAGCCAGGUCCAGAAGGGUGGGGCCUCAGGGGGCUGGGACUGUGGGCUUUCUAGAGAGGGGAAUGACAGGGCAGGGGUCAAGUCGGAAGGCUCUACCUGAGACAGUUUCUCAUAGUUUCAGGGGCGGUGACAUCAAACCUGUUAUAACCAGCAGGAGCCAGAGGGUGGGACGGCCGGCUGUGUUAAGACUAGGGGACCAGAGGCAUCAAGGGAUGACCCAGAGCCCCAGAGCAAAUGAGGCCUAGCGACAGGCCCUGGGGAGGCCCAGCAGCGCUAAGGGGCGCAUGGCUCAUGGACUCGGCCUGUGGAAGGGGCCCACUGUUCAGAGUGGAGGCCAGUGUGGACCCCUACUCUCGUAUUGUUCUUUGUCAGAUGCAUUUUUAACUUAUAAAACAAGUCUCAUUAAAGCGGUUUCGGUU